UAUAAUACAUUCUCUCUCACAUGCUUUCUACUUCUCAUCUUUCUCUUUCUCUCUCUCCUCUCUCUCCAAAACCUUUUUGAUUUGGUGGAAUUUCACCUUUUACUUUUGUUCCUACCUGAUUGAUCCUCAUUCCUCAAUCUCCUCCUGUUGCUCUUUCGUUAUCAUCUUUAGUUUUCUCAAAACUUUCAAUUUUUAGUGUUGUUUCCGAUACUCAUUUCCUUAAAUUUUAUGAGGUCAAUGCGGUCCUCUUCUUCGCUGGAAAUUAGGGCUUCAAUUUUUGGUUUGGGCUGAUUUUUUUUUUUCUUUUUGGCGCAAAAGGAAUGUAGUUGGAGAGGGUGGUGUUGUAAGGAGAUUUCAUCUUCAUUUUUUGGGGGUGAUGUCGCAAUUUUCCUUGUAAAUUUUGCUCCUUUUGAUCUUUACCCUUUUCCCGGAUUCGCACCACACAUUGAUUUUGGGGCUGAUUGGAGGCAUAGAGUGGGAAAUCUCUUUGGAUUCGAGUGGAUUAGUGAAUCAAGUUUGGGACUUUAACCCCUUAAUCAGGUGAAUCCGUGGAACAAUAAGCAGGAGUUUGGUUCUAUUUGAGGUUUUGUGCAGAAAAUAGGUGCUGAACUGAGCACAAAUCUGAGAGUAGAAAGGUUUGUUAUAGUUGGUCGGAGAGGGUGUAUUGAGGGCAAUUUUCACGAUGGAUCAUGUCAUUGCUGGGAAGUUCAAACUUGGGAGGAAAAUUGGGAGUGGUUCUUUUGGGGAGCUUUAUAUAGCUGUUAAUGUACAAACUGGGGAGGAGGUUGCAGUCAAGCUGGAAUCUGUGAAGACAAAGCAUCCACAGCUUCAUUAUGAAUCAAAAUUAUAUAUGCUUCUUCAAGGAGGGACUGGGAUUCCCCACCUAAAAUGGUUUGGAGUUGAAGGAGACUACAACAUUAUGGCUAUUGACCUUCUUGGACCAAGUUUGGAAGAUUUAUUCAAUUAUUGCAACAGGAAGUUUACACUGAAGACAGUGUUAAUGCUUGCUGAUCAAUUACUUAAUAGGGUUGAAUAUAUGCAUUCAAGGGGCUUCCUUCACCGUGACAUAAAGCCAGACAAUUUUCUAAUGGGUCUGGGACGUAAAGCAAACCAGGUAUACAUCAUUGACUAUGGCCUUGCAAAAAAAUACAGGGAUCUCCAGACUCAUAGGCACAUACCAUACAGGGAGAACAAGAACCUCACAGGUACAGCUCGAUAUGCUAGUGUCAACACUCAUCUCGGAAUUGAGCAAAGCAGAAGGGAUGAUCUGGAAUCUCUUGGUUAUGUACUCAUGUACUUCUUGAGAGGAAGUCUUCCUUGGCAAGGUCUGAAGGCUGGCACCAAAAAACAAAAAUAUGAUAAAAUCAGUGAGAAGAAGAUAUCAACUUCCAUAGAGUCACUCUGCAAAAACUACCCCUCAGAGUUUGUAUCGUAUUUCCACUACUGCCGAGCACUGCGGUUUGAGGAUAAGCCAGACUAUUCGUACUUAAAGAGGCUUUUUAGAGAUUUAUUUAUAAGAGAAGGCUAUCAAUUCGACUAUGUUUUUGACUGGACCAUAUUGAAAUAUCCACAAAUUGGUGGCAGCUCUAGAGGAGGGCGGCAUGGCAAUGUCACUGCCACCAAUGCCAAUGGCAAGGCUGCGAUGAAUGUGGGACCAUCUGUUCAAAAGCCAGAAAAGAUCUCAGCUGGGAAAGAGGUUCGCGAGAGAUUCACUGGUGGUGUUGAAGGUUUCUCCCGGAGGAACCCUAGUCCUCGCGCUGAGCACACUAAACAUAGGACUUAUGAAGACACAGGAGUACAAAAGGAGUUGCAUCAUGAUCAAGAGAAAGGACGCAGUUCCUCUCGAUAUGGCAGUACUUCAAGAAAAGCCAUUAUCUCAUCAACCCGGCCAAGUUCCUCGGGUGACCAUACUGACGUUCGUACUGGCCGGCUGACCUCAGUGGCUAGCCGUCCAUCUACUACACAGAGAGCUCAGCCUGUGUUUGAGAACAAACAAGCAACUUUCACACGCACCGGAUCUACACGAGGUACACGUGACGAUCCUCUGCGAAGCUUUGAGCUUCUCACUAUCAGGAAGUAACCAAGCAUAUGCUGUUUAGUCUUGUCAAAAAAACAUUGUCCAGAUUCUAACACCUGAAGUGUUAAAUCGGCUUUUAUGCAAAAGAACAUUCUCCAGCAUUUGGGAAUCAUGUCCAUGUAUAUUUUCUGAAUUACCUUGAGUUCAUAAUCGACACAUCCCUGUUAUCAUUUUCUGGAUCAAGGUAGACUUUUUGCUGCCGCCCCAGAUUGUCCUUCCAAUGCUGUAACAUGUUCCUAAACCUUCUCCCAAGAACUCAACAGGGGUUCUUUCCUUUUGCUCAUUUUAACUAUUAUUAGAAAAAAAUGUUAAAUAGUUUAUGAUACACUAUCAUUUCUUUACAAUGAGACUCAACACUUUCUGUUACUGUUGACACUUGCCCCCAAUGUUGAGAGUAUUUAAUGACAA